AUGUGGCUGCAGAAACUAAUUCUACUGGGCACUGUGGUUUAUAGCAUCUCUGCACCCAUCGGCCCUCCUGGCCCUGUCCCCCAGCCCAGGAAGUAUGUGGAUGCCAUCAUCAAGGAAGCCCUGAGCCUUCUGAACCACAGUAAUGACACCGGUGCUGAGAUGAAUGAAACAGAAGUCGUCUCUAACGUGUUUGACCCUACGGAGCCAACAUGCCUGCAGACCCGCCUGAAGCUGUACGAGCAGGGCCUGCCGGGCAGCUCCACCACGCUGAAGAGCCUCUUGAGCACGAUGGCGAGCCACUACAAGGAGUACUGCCCUCCCACCCCAGAAACUUCCUGCAAGACCCAUUUUAUCACCUUCAAAAGUUUCAAAGUGGACCUGAAGAAAUUUCUGGCUGACAUCUCCUCUAGCUGCUGAAACCAAGUCCAGAAGUGAGGGCCAGCCAGGCUAUCAGGCCAUUCCCGGGACCUAACCUCAUACAUCUCGGCUCUCUCACCCAGAAAGAGCCAGAAACUCAGGAUCUUCGUCUUAUAGGGACCAAGC